CCUUCUCUAUCUUGUGGCCAUCACGACGGCCAGCGACACAACGACACCACAUGGCUUGCUAAUACUCUCUUCCCGUAUCAUCUCAAAGUUUGCAAGAAGCAACCCGGUGGUCACUUGCCAAUUAGCUUCCACCGGUACGGUGCCAUGGAGGAGUGGCUCCUAAGCUUGUGUUUCAUAGCCCUCUCCACGGCCACGGUGCUGGCCUUUUGGUUUCUCAAGCUCUCUGGUGGCAAGGCCGACCCCCACAAGAAGCAGCUGCCUCCUGGGCCAUGGACGCUCCCGGUCAUCGGCAGCCUCCACCACGUCAUCAGCGCCCUCCCGCAUCGCACGAUGAUGCAGCUGUCUUGCCGGCACGGGCCGCUGAUGCUCCUCAGGCUAGGUGAAGUCCCCGCCGUGGUGGUGUCCACCGCCGACGCCGCGGCGCUGGUGAUGAAGACCCACGACCUCGUGUUCGUGGACCGGCCGCGCAGCCCGACCAUGGACAUCGCCAGCUCCGGCGGCAAGGACAUCGUGUUCGCCCCGUAUGGCGGCCACUGGCGUCAGAUGCGCAAGAUCUGCGUCGUGCAGCUCCUCAGCUCCACGCAGGUGAGUCGCAUGGAGGGCGUCAGGGCCGAGGAGGUGGGCAGCCUCCUCCGCGACAUCACGGCCGCCGCCUCCACCGGCGCCACCAUCAACGUCAGCGAGAAGGUGAUGGCACUCACCAACGACAUCGUGACAAGGGCGGUUUUCGGCGGCAAGUUCGCACGGCAGUGCGAGUUCCUCCGGGAGAUGGACAAGGCGUUUAAGCUCGUGGGCGGCUUUUGUCUGGCCGACCUCUUCCCGUCAUCGAGGUUGGUACGGUGGCUGAGCAAUGGCGAGCGCGACAUGAAGAGAUGCCAUGGCCUCAUCCAUCACAUCAUUGCCGAGGUCGUCGAAAAUCGCAAGGCCGCGCGAGCUUCUGGCGUGGGUCGUUCCAUCCCAGGCGAUGAGGACAUGUUGGACGUGUUGCUCACGCUCCAGGAGGACGACUCUUUGGAAUUUCCUCUCACCACGGAGACAAUGGGGGCCGUCUUGCAUGACGUAUUUGCAGGGGCUACGGAGACCACAGGGAACACUUUGGCAUGGGUCAUAUCAGAGCUUAUGCACAACCCUCACACUAUGGCUAAAGCACAGCAUGAAGUACGCGAUGUGUUGGGUGAAGGUCGAUCUGUCAUCACUAAUAGUGACCUUGGUGAACUCCACUAUAUGCCGAUGAUCCUCAAGGAGGCCCUUAGGUUGCAUCCGCCGGGUCCUCUGAUUCCCCGCAUGGCUAGAGAGGAUUGUACAGUUAUGGGUUAUGAUAUCCCUAAAGGUACUAAUGUUUAUAUUAAUAUUUUCGCAAUUUCUAGGGAUCCUAGAUAUUGGAUCAAUCCUGAAGAGUUCAUGCCAGAGAGAUUUGAAAAUAACAAUGUGAACUACAAAGGGACAUACUUUGAGUUCAUUCCCUUCGGAGCUGGGAGACGGCAAUGCCCGGGGAUUCAGUUUAGCUCAUCAAUCACUGAGAUGGCACUAGCAAACCUUUUGUAUCACUUCGAUUGGAUGCUCCCUGAUGGUGCUAACCUUGCUUCGUUUGACAUGUCCGAGAAAUUUGGGUUUGCGGUAAGCAAAAAGUAUGACCUGAAAUUGAGAGCUAUUCCACAUGUGUGGUCCAAUGCUAUGACGUUGAAGUGACACGAGGAGCCUGCAUAUUCAGGUAGCAAUGCAUGUUUACAUACCUGCACUUUCAGCACGUGUCAAUGAUGUCACUGUUUUGGUGCAUGGUUGUAUCUUUAUGCAAGCAAACAUUAUGGUAUUGCAUCUACAGACUAUUACGGUACUAUGCUACCUUUUGUAUAUUAGUUCAGGUCAGAAGAUAUUGCAUUCUACUUCAUGAUCAUAUAGGACACAAUUGUAUUAUUCUACUAUCAAUUAACUAUGCGAUUUUC